AUGCAUAGGCACGGCACACGCGCAGAGUGGUUCUUCAAGAAAAACGUCAAGUGCGGUGAUAAGCCAUGCGCGGCUUGCCGCUCUAACAACGCCAAGCGUAUUUGGCGCGACGAUUCGGUCGCCUCGGCUUCUUCGUCCAGCACUCUGAGCUCGCCCUCGCGUUCGCGCACGUCAUCUCUGCCGCUUGUCCUCGCCGCCGACACCGUGGCCUCUGACUUCUCAUCUGCCUUAAACCCGGCCGAGGAAUCCAAUACCAGCGUCAGCCCGAAUCCGCCGCCUACGGCCCACGGAGUCGAGGCAAGCACGUCCAACUUUCUCCCUUCCUUGGCCGCUUCAUCGCCCACAGAUCCCUCCACCCGCAAAGAUGGCAGUGCCAUGAGGCCCAAGUAUCUGGAGAUCAACGAGAAGGCGACGUUCUUGACCAUAUAG